AUGAUUAUGAUGGAUCACCACUCAGAAAGCUCAGAACACAACAGGAAAAUGGAAGGUGGAGGUGAAAUGAACGCAUCGAUACGAAUGCCAGCACACUCACUGCCACCAGUAGGCAAUAACCAACAUGCAACAUAUGAACAAUUCAACCUUAAUUCCAUACAUCAUCAAGACCAGCACGCAGAAAGGUCCCAAUCCACUAUGAGUAUUGGGAGAUAUCCUUCUGCUUACCCACAUCAGUCAUUCCGUGCUCUUCCUGUACGCCAUUCGACACGAUGGGGAUUGAAAUCCGGGGCUAAAAAGUCGUUUGUGUGGAAAUACUUCUUCCAUCCCGAAAUAAGUCUAGGUGUGCGCGAUCUAUCCCACACGCAGUGUACGCUUUGCGAUAGUCAGUUAGCGUUCAACACAUCGGGAACCACAACCACCAUGCUGAAUCACUUGAAAAGCAGGCAUAUGGAGGUGGUAGAGAACGAACAACAACAUCACCAAAAACAACGACUACCGCACCACCAGCGGCGCGACGAGGAGCAGAAUCAACAUGGUCACAAAUAUUUAUCUCAGUCAUCCGGUUAUUCGUCUGCCAUAGGAAGUGUCAAGACACCCAGAAACAGCUGGAUCGCCACAGACAAUUCGUACUCACUCAAAACAUGCGGCUAUAUGAGAGCCCCGUUUCUUCGUCGCGCACAUCGUGGACGACCACCAAACUCUUGGACAAAGUCGAGUUAUGCAGAAAAGGGAUCCCUAGAGUCGUAUUCUGAAAAACUCAGCUACACUGAACCGGCGUCAAGAGAUGGACUGCUGCAGAAAACGUCGGUGACUGAUGUAUCAGAGAUACAUCAAUUCAGACAAACCACUGAAAUCAAUUCGAAGGGGGCUGGUGGACCACCAAAUUCAGCUGUCAUUCAACCGGCAGAUGGAGUAAUGCAUGAACCUCCAUGGCCAUCCAGUUCAAAUCAUGAAGGUGCUCAGCAGCCUAAUUUCUCAGAUCCCAUGGAGAUGUUCCGUCUGUCCAUAUUGAUGACCAUG